AUGGCUCCCUUCAUGGUAGCCUGCUUCCUUUUAUUCAGCGUAAUCUGCUUGACAGCGGUGAAGGCUCAGAAUAAUGAUAUUCAAUCACCAUCAUCAUCACCAUCAUCAUCGCCAACAUUCCCUGUCCCAACACUCGCUGGGCCGACACCAGGGCCUAUUAGCAUGAUAAUACCCAAUACUGCUUCUAAUUCUUCCAGUCCUAUUACUAUUGCUCCAAGUUUGUCACCUUCUGUCACCCCAACCUCAAAAAAUACUGACAAAGAAGAUGAUGAUGAUGAUGACGGAAAUGGCGAUAAUAAUGGGUAUGAGGAGGAGACUGAAGAUGGGGCUAUCAAAUUUUUGCGGUUCAUCUUUUCGUCCAUUGGCGUCAUUUUUGUGUUGAUUUCCAUAUUGAUUGCCAUUCGAAAUCGAAUUCAGGGGCGUGAUUUGCGAGAAGCUCGACGACGCAUGGCCGAGCGUCGUCGACGAAGACGACAGCGGAGGAAUAAUCCUGGCUCUGCUCCCCCUAUUCCUCCUCAGCCUCCGACCGAAGAAGAUGAACAAGCCAGAUAUGAGAAAAUUGUGUCUACAUUUUACUUUCAAACUGUCCUAAAAGACAAGAGCAACAUUACCGCUGACAGUUUUAUGGAAGAAGGGGAUCAAGAAGACGAAGUGGAAGAAGAGAAAGAUGCCUUUGUUUUGGCGGAAUUCUUUCCUUGGAGAAAGACGGCGUCGAAGGAUGAAUGUUGCAUCUGCCUCGAGUGCUACGUGCCGGGGGAGUCCAUUUGCGUUGCCAUUUCCGAGGAAUGCGAUCAUGUCUUUCACGAAGAGUGCAUUGUCGAAUGGCUCAAGACACACAAUGAAUGUCCAUUGUGUCGUGUCAAGUUGUUAUCGGCAGAGGUAUCGGACAACGAAUGA